AAUGUGGACCUGAUUAAUGAACAGACAAUGUCACACUUUAGAAACAUUUUGAAAAAUAGACAGAAACAAGUUUCUCUUAAUAGGUUGUUAGUUAAUCUCCCUAAAUCUGAGUCUCCAACAGUGUUCGGUGAAGCCAAGAGACAGAAAACAGAGGAAUCCCCUGAGAAAUCACCUGAAAUUGUCUUGGAAGAGGACCCUACUUCCUCUACCUCACCACUAUCCCAUUAUGCCAGGAACUUCUCUCAGUACAGGUUCUUUGGCAUGAACACAGCAGGAGAAUUAGACUUGAUGGAACAGACUCCUGUGUUAUUAGGGAAUAAAGCCAUGGCAGCUAGUCUUAUAGAAGUAGGAAAUUCACUUGGUGAUCCAGCUAGUCCUGUAGUGAAUAGCUCUAGAACCUCAGCAGUGGAAGAUGAUGAUGAUGAUGAUGAUGAUGAUGAUGUUGUGUUUAUUGAAUCUAUACAUCCUCCUUCCACUUCUUCGGCAAUAGCCGAUCAAAGAAAUUUUAUAUUUGCUUCAUCAAGAAAUGAAAAGCUACAAGGAAAUUAUUCCAUAAUUCAUUCUUCCUCAAGAGAUUUGGCUUCUCAGAAGGGAAAUGUAAGUGAGACAAUUGUUAUCGAUGAUGAAGAGGACAUAGAAACAAAUGGAGGAGAAAAGAAAACUUUUUCCAGUUUUACUGAAUGGGGACUUCCAGUAACUAAAAACAGAACCAAAGAUGUGGAUUUCUCCACUCCCAGUCUUUCAAGAAGAAAGACCAAGACUGGAGUAGGACCUUUUAAUCCUGGUAGAAUGAAUGUGGCAGGAGACGAAUUUCAGAACGGAGGAUUUGCAACUCAUCAUAGUCCUGAUUCUUGGAUCUCCCAGUCAGCAUCAUUUCCACGUAAUCAGAAAAAGCCAGGGGUGGAUUCUUUAGCACCAGUGGCCUCACUUCCCAGACAGAUUUGCCAGCCUUCAGCCCAGCAGCAACUUACUAAACCAGCUAAAAUCACUUGUGCACACUGCAAAAAUCCUUUACAGAAAGGACAGACAGCUUAUCAACGGAAAGGAUCAGCUCACCUCUUUUGUUCUACCACCUGCCUUUCCUCCUUCUCUCAUAAGCGUACUCCAAAGAAACGCAAUAUAACGUGUAAAAAAGAUGCACCUACAAAAAGGGCUAAUGUUGUUCCUCGAGUGCAGUCGAACCAGCCUCUCCAAGAAUUCUCUAGUUCAUACUGUGUGUCUCCAUACGAAGACAACCAGAGUCUCAGAAAAAGAAUUCUGAACAAAUCAAGAUGUACAAUCUGUAGUAAACUAACAGAGAUUCGCCAUGAAGUCAGCGUUAAUAAUGUGACACACAAACUAUGCAGUAACCACUGCUUUAAUAAGUACAGGUUGGCUAAUGGCUUGAUAAUGAAUUGCUGUGAACAGUGUGGAGAGUACCUGCCCAGCAGAGGUUCUGGAAACAGUGUCCUGGUGAUUGAUGGCCAGCAGAUGAGAUUCUGCUGCCAAAGUUGUGUUAAUGAAUAUAGACAGAUUGUAGAAACAAAAUCAAAAAAAUUGUCCACAUCAGAAAACAGAAAAAGGGAUGCCGUUAGAGAAGAAAAUGAAAGAAAAUUACAUGGAUCAUUUAAUAUACUUUUGGAAAAAAUAGAGGGACUACCAGAAAAAAAGGAAAAGACUUCAGAGUCACAGGUAUCAGCAGAAUGCAGCACAGAUGCAUCACGAACCAGACAGGAUGUGAAUUUACCUACUUCUGUGUCUACCAUAGCUGAUACAUUUCAAGAGCAACUGGAAGGGAAAAAAUCAGAGGACUCCACUCGACCUAUUGUGCUUUCUGCAGAUCCAGGCACAUGGCCACGAAUUUUGAAUAUUAAACAACGGAGUAUUCUUGUUGAAAAUGAUCCACCUCAAGUAAGAAAUUUUAACUUUCCAAAAGACAAUACAGGGAGGAAGUUUUCAGAAACUUACUAUACACGAAUUCUUCCAAAUGGUGAAAAAACCACUAGGUCCUGGUUACUUUAUUCAACCUCAAAAGAUUCUGUGUUUUGUCUAUAUUGCAAACUCUUUGGGGAAGGAAAAAAUCAGCUGAAGAAUGAGAGUGGGUGCAAAGAUUGGCAGCAUUUAUCACAUAUUCUUAGCAAACAUGAAGAAAGUGAAAUGCACAUCAACAACAGUGUUAAGUAUUCAAAAUUAAAAUCUGAUUUGAGAAAAAACAAAACUGUUGAAACCGCAGAACAUAAAGUAUAUGAGAAUGAGAACAGUGAGGGUGUGCUGUUGCUGUACACCUGAUAUACCUGACAGGAUCUUAUGUUCAUCUCAGAGGAUAUCUGUACCUAACAGUUAAUACCAUUGUGUCGUGAGGCACCUACACAGAGUAACUCAACUGUUAUUAGCAAUAAGCAUAAUAGCAAAUAAAUAAUAAAGAAUGUUUCUUUCCCAAAUUGUA